AGCAACGUUGCGGUUGUUUAAAUGUUUGCUCUUCCAUUGGUGGCAAUAUUCAUCCGAAAUUUUUGAUGUACUCUUUAUCUUCUCUCUUUCUUUGGUUUCUCUCUUGAUGGUCUUCUCCGGUGACCGGUAUUCCUAUAAUGUACGCUAAAUCCAAAGGAGCCGGAAUCCCUUCCGAUGCCCAAUCUAAAGAAAAAUUGGCUGUUUACGUGUACGAGUAUUUAAUCCAUAUCGGCGCACAAAAGACCGCUUCAUCUUUCUUACAGGAGAUCCAUUGGGAUAAACCCAUCAGCGUUAGUGAGCCACCUGGCUUUCUUCAUUCCUGGUGGAAUGUGUUCUGGGACCUAUACAGCGCUGCUCCUGAGCGUCGUGACACACACGAACACUCGAGUGAAGCAAAAGCAUUUCAUGAUUACGGAUUCGUGAAUUCAGGCUACCCUAAUGGAUUACCUCAUCCUAAUCAUCCAGUUAUGUCUGGCCCCGGUGGAGUCGGGGGACCUGGUGGCGGACCAGGAAUGCCUCCACCUCUAGGUCCUCCCGGCCCUGAUCCCGUUUCAAUGCGACAACGCCCUUCUGGCCCAACUCUCAUGCCCGGAGCUGGAUUGCCUCCCAACGCAGGACCUGGGCUUCAAGGUCCAUCGCCUCAUCAUCCCUCCAUGCGCUUUCAUCAGUCCGGGGCUGGUGGGUAUCUGGGCCCCCCGGUUGGGGGUAGCAUGAUUCCGCCGCAUGCUAAUCUUCUCCCCGGUGGGGGUCCUAUCCAUCCUAUGCACGGUGGCCCCAUGAUUCCACAGCAUCAUCAUCAUCCGGGUGCUAUGAUGGGUCAUCCCCGCCCUCGCUGGAUGGGCCCUUCAAUGGGACCCCAGCAGUCGUCACAACCAGGUGGCCCCUCUGGACCACCUCAACAGGGUGGCGGUCUUCCCGCAGUUUGUUCUGGAUCCGCGGGUCCCAAUUCAGUUUCGUCCGCGGGACCUGGUAGUGUUGGUCCCGGCUCAUGUGGUGGAGGCAGCAGUGGGAUAGCUCAAAGCCCUGGUCACCCCGGUACUCCCAACCCACACGUUCCGUCACAUUUGGCCGCCCCAAGUCCAAUCAACAGCCAGGGCAAUUGUCCCUCCGAUCACCAGCCCUCUGGCAACAGCCUAUCCGGACAUCCUCAUCAUCCAACCCCACCCCACUAUGUAGUUGGACAACCUCCGCCACAACAACAAACCCCACCCGCUUCAAAUGCCUGUUUGCCCCCAGAGUACAAUACCAGGCCUUCGCCUCAUUUGGUCUUCGGGAGUGGCGGCCCUGGCUCGACUCCCGAUGGUGGUAUGUUCGGAGCGGGACCUGGAGCCGGCGAUACUAUAAUGUUAAAUGGUAAUUCAAGCAAUCUACCCCCUCGAAGCAUUGGUAUGAUGCCCCCACCACCUCCAGAGUACUCAACCGGUAUGCCCUCAUCCGUUUCAGGGGGUUAUCCCUCUGGCCCGGAUUUAAAGGCAUCACCCUUGCACGGUGGUUCUAGUCUGGGAUCGGAUCUACUUGGUCCGUCAGGUGGACCUCCAUCCUUGAUGCCAUCAGACUAUCCUCCAUCAACUGGUCCUGGCGGAAAUGGUAAUGGCAUAAACUCGUCGAGCUUUGGCGGCACUCCGGAAUCUGUUAUGAUGAUGCCACCCCCUCAUCAACAGACUGGUCUUCUACAGCAGCAGCAUAUGGCUUGUGCAGGUGGUUCUCAGGGACAAGCCCCGCCACCACCGCAAUAUGUUCACUCAAGUUCUGGUGGCUCCUUACAAUCUGUGUGUGGCGGCUCAAAUCCAAGCCCCGCUGGAGGGCCUGGCUCCGUUCAGUUUCCGCAGGAAUAUUCAUUCGGUCAGAUAUCGUAGCGCCACCGCUCAGAGUAAUCAACAAAGAUGUGGCUUUCUUUUCGCUUUGGCUGAGUCGACUGCGGUGCGCUUCGCACAACAAGCCAACCGAUUUUGUCUUCAGUGCAGCCUCUGAUCCUUGAUUGCGGCUUCAGCGUAGUAUGCUUACCUGCACUGUCAACAGCAUUUGAUUCUCAAUGUAAAUCCCGUUUCUCUGCCCUCACACUUUUGCUGCUACCGCUAGUCUGGAACCCGGUUCAUACUAAUAUGACGUUUGAGGCUUGUGUAUACUCAUCCCAGUGAUAAUGGACUUGAUGGUGCUGCAUUCUUUGCGCCUCCAUUUACUGAUAUUGAAAAUUUUCCGAUGUACAUUUAGGUGUCCAUCUGUCCAUCCCUUCUAAAUUGCAUUUACACAUACAGUCGCUUUUGCAGCCAAUAGAUAACUCAAUUGAAUUUCUCACACUUCCAUCUCUGUCACCAUUUUCCAUGUUUUCUCACCUUUGUACACCUGAUAUUCUUUUUUGUGUUCCCUACUUACUUCAAACGACGUAUCCCGAAAGCUCUGCAGUAGUUCUCACGUGUUGCUUGAAAUGGUUUUACUUUACUGAUAAAUAUUGCUUUCCUUUCCGUGCCAUUGGAACAGUAACAUCACACUCGGUUGCGAUUUGAGUACUUUAACUUUUUUCAAUGGAUCGACACCAUUCGUGGGACCCAUCUAUGUUACCACCUUCUGCUUCAUUUAUCCGACCUCGACGACCCUUUAUUCGUACAUCAUAUUUCAUGGAAACGCUAGUCUUUUUCUCAAACUUUCGCUUCUGUAUCCACACAUGGGGAUCACAUGAACUUUUUGCUAGUGGAAGCUAAAUCCUAUAUAUAUUGUUCACGUACUGUUG